UUGCAAAAAUAAAAAUUUCUCCGAAAUUUUGAUAAUGUGCUUUUUGCCAUAUGCUUGCAGCCAACAACAUAACUGUAAUAGAACCAAACACUUUAUAUCUGGACGAGAAACCACCAAAAAUUGUUAGAACAAGGAUAAAAACAAAAAGUAAAAGAUCCACUAAAAUGGCUAAAGGCAAAAAGAAUUUGAAACAAAAACCUGCUUUGACUUCACGAAAACGAUCAACAAAAAUAAAUCAAGAUAAAGUUGUUAAAGAAGAAUUGUUUCCCAUCGAAGAGCCCGAAGAUAAAAUUGAUCCAAAUGAUCCAUUGUUUACUUCAAAUCUAGAAAUUAAAAGUGAACAGGAUGAUGAAAAUCGAAAUAUAAGCAUUGCAUACGACUGUGAAACUGAAUUGCGUGAAGUUGAUGACGAAGAUGAUAAAGAGGAUGAGCAGGAUUAUAACUAUGAACAUGAUUUAAAUGAAAGUAAAUCGGAGUUAAGUGAUGAAGAGUAUGAUGACCAUGAUAUUAAUGAAGAUGAGGAUGAAGAUAUAGAAGACGAACCUUUAAUUAUGCUUACACGUAGUAAGCGUAAGCCUGGCAAGAAAAUGCGAGAGAUGGAUGAUGAUAAAAUUAAAACUCCACGGAAAGUAGAGUGUCGAGAAAUAUGUAAGCAACAUUGUACAGAGAAAUUUAGCGAGAGACAACGAAAGGAUAUUUGUGAUUAUUAUUGGAGUCUAAAUAAAGAUGAUAGAUUGAGCUUUAUAAGAAAACAUAUAAGAGCGAGACGUUUGACGCGCAUGAAACGUGUAAAUGCUAAUCGAAUUCGUGGCAACAAUUGUUGUUAUUAUCUCAAAACUUACAAACCUGGCUGUAAAGAAACUCCUCCGGAAAACAGUGCUGAUCUUAUACGAGUUUGUCGAAAAUUCUUUGAGGCCACUCUUUGCACUACAAGUCAUUUUAUUAAAAAAGCCAAUGAUGGUACCGUGUUGGAAAUCGAAAAAGAUUUACUUUUACUGCGACAAAUCAAAUUGUCUAAGGAAAAGGCCAAGCAAGAGAGUCAAGAACCUAAACAAAUUUUAGAUCCUGAGACAGGAAAUUUAAUAACACUUGAUCCAAAGUCCAGUAAAAUACCAAAACCAAAAGCACAAACUCCUCAAGAAAAAAAGGAAAAUAAGAAACGCAUACGUCGAAAACCAGGCGAUCCAUUGCCCGAACGAUUUCCGAAGCCCAUCAAAUGUGCUAUACGCUGUAUAUACAAAUGUCACACAAAAUUCACAGAGCAAGAACGCAAGCAAAUUUGCGACUUCUUCUGGUCUAUGGACUAUAAAAGACGAAAAGAUUUCAUUUUGGCCAACAUUGAAAUAAAAGAUAUUGAAACUCAAACGACACCAGAUUUCCGUAAAUCAAAUCGACCGCCUCGUACAUAUCAAACACGUUUCUUUUUGCGUACUGGCGGUAUGCGUGGAGAAAACUUAAGAGUUUGUAAAGAUUUUUAUGAGAAAACUCUAUGCAUCAAUCGUUGUUUCAUUGAGAAUGCCAUACAAUUUGCCGAUAAAACAACAGGAUGUUAUACAGGCUCCGAUAGGCGUGGAUCGCACAUGGCUCCCAAUAAAAUAUCCGAGGAACGUAAACAGGUCGUAUUGGAUCACAUUAAUUCUUAUCCUCUCUGGAUGCCAAAUAAAAAAACUAAAACCAAAUAUUUACAUCAUUCCUUAAACAUCAGAAAAAUGUAUGAAGCAUAUAAAGAGAAAUGUUUAGCAGAGAAAACAGAUUAUGUCUCAAACCAAUAUUAUUACAAUACAUUUCAUGCCAAUUUCAAUUUAUUAUUCCUAGCUAAUCCACAACCAAGAAAGGGUUGGGGUCUGCAAAAGGCAAAUCCAAAUAUAUCUCAUUAUACAGGCCACGAACCUGGAGGUUUUUGGAUAAAUAGCAAAGGGAAAAAACUAAAUGUAAAUGAAGUUAACCUUGGUCAAAGCUUAAGUAUUAGCCAACAAAAUUCCCCUGAAGAAGUGUCGGAAGCAACAUCUUCUGCAUCUGGAAAUGCUGUAUCAUCACACACAAUAAAUGUUGUCAAUCCUACUUCUCUAAUGUCACUUAAUUCAACAGAAAAUCAAGCACCAUUGCUUACAAUGGUUAGAUCGGAUUUAAAUCCAGCUCUUUAUGCAAAUUAUCCACAAGAUUCCAUAAACAUGUUUAGAAUGCUUUAAUUUUAAAUAAAUUUAAAACAAAGGUUUUUAAAUAAUUAUCUAAAUAAAACAAAUGAGUUAAAAUUUUUUCAUUCCUAAGAAUCUAGGAAAUUUUCAACUAUUACCUAUAGUAGUAAGAGGAAUUAUUGUAUAUUAGUUCAAAAAUAUAUUUUGUUCAACUAGAGAGUCUCAAUGAAAUUUUACAAAUUACCAAAAAUAAACGAAAGUUCGUU